AAAAAAUGAUACAUUCUUCAGACGAAACAGGCACAGCCGGAUAGAUCCUAUAAACCCUCUGUAGUUAUUGUUAUCCUUUCUUGCUCCCUCAGUUCCAAGUGAAACUUGUGCACAGCCUCGUCAAUUUCCAAUAACUAUUCAAUCCAACGGUAGUGAUUGGACCUUGAAAAUAUGAAAGUAAUAAACUUUUCUGGUAGCAUAGCAAAACCCAGUUUUUUGAUUGGCCAAUCGGAAAUGCCUAUUCUAACAUUUGGUCAUUGUAAGCUGAGUGCUACCCUUGCUCUACGGUUAUCACGAGAUUGCAUUAGAAGAAUGGAGUUGAUUUCGAAACUUCAGUAUUCUGUUGCUGAUAGGACAUUUAGUUCUGGUUCGGUGUAUUCGCCGACGCCUGAAUCGGAGUCCGGUAGAAUGAAUCGUCGCCGGGGAGGUUCCUCAUCGAUAUAUAGCCGUCCUAGUUUAUCAGAAAUGAAGAAAGAGAAGGCUGCACUAAGGGAAAAAGUUUAUGAGUUCUUGAAGACAAUUGGCAUUGUUCCUGAUGAGCUUGAUGGUCUUGAACUUCCUGUGACUGUUGAUGUUAUGAGGGAGCGCAUAGAUUUUCUUCAUAGUUUGGGGCUUACAAUUGAAGAUAUCAACAAUUAUCCACUUGUUCUUGGCUGCAGCGUCAAGAAGAACAUGAUUCCUGUGCUUGACUAUCUUGGUAAAUUGGGAGUGAGGAAAUCCUCCAUUACGUUGUUCUUGCAGAGAUACCCACAAGUUCUCCAUGCUAGUGUUGUUGUGGAUCUUAUGCCAGUGGUUAAUUAUCUUAAGGGGAUGGAUAUCAAGACUGAGGAUAUUCCUCGUGUUCUUGAGAGGUACCCUGAAGUGCUUGGCUUCAAACUUGAGGGAACCAUGAGCACAUCGGUUGCUUAUUUGAUUGGAAUUGGUGUAGGAAGAAGACAAAUUGGAGGUGUCUUAACUAAAUAUCCAGAGAUUUUGGGUAUGCGAGUUGGUAGAAUCAUUAAGCCUUUUGUGGAAUAUCUGGAAAGUUUGGGAAUUCGAAGGUUAGCCAUUGCUAGAUUGAUAGAGCAACGACCUUAUAUUCUUGGAUUUGGGCUGGAUGAGAAGGUGAAACCAAAUGUUAAAUCCCUUGAAGAUUUUAGUGUUAGACGAACAUCACUUCCUUCUAUAAUUGCUCAGUAUCCUGACAUCAUUGGAACUGACUUAAAUUCAAAGCUUUUCAAUCAGAGAAUUAUACUCAAUUCGGUGCUUGAAUUGGAAACAGAGGACUUUGCCCGAGUUGUUGAGAAGAUGCCACAGGUAGUUAGCCUCAUUAGGGGACCUAUGCUGAAGCAUGUUGAUUUUCUUAAGGAUUGUGGCUUUUCAUUGCCUCAGAUAAGGAAGAUGAUUGUUGCAUGUCCUCAAUUACUCGCUUUAAACAUUGACAUUAUGAAACUUAGCUUUGAUUACUUCCAAAUGAAGAUGAAAAGGCCUUUGGAAGAUUUGGUUACAUUCCCUGCAUUCUUCACUUAUGCUUUGGAGUCAACUAUAAAGCCUAGGCAUGUGAGGGUUGCCAAGAAAGGGUUAAAGUGUUCUUUGUCAUGGAUGCUUAAUUGUUCUGAUGAGAAAUUUGAGCAACGAAUGGACUAUGACACUAUUGACAUGGAAGAAAUGGAAAUGGAAAUGGAAAUGGAAUCAUCAUUUGACAUGGAUUCACUAACACAACCAAGGAGUGAUGAUGAGUCAGAUUUUGACUAUGAAGACAGUGACGAAGAUGAUGCGUAGAAUGAUUAAGUUACUCAAAUAACUAGGAUAAUUUUGCUUUUCUGUUGGAUGAUCUUUAUCUGAAAGUCACAAUGCUGAAAUAUUGGAAAGUUAACUGGGGAAUAGGAAACUGAGUGAUGGGAUGGAUCUUGCUACUUCAAAUGUCAUCAUUAGUCUAUGGUGUGUAUGAGAAUGUUAAGUGGUACAGCUUCACAUUGCCCUUUUACUUUGCUUGUUCUAUCAUAUGAAAUCACUUCUGCUUAAUGAUGGUGCAGUGAUUUCCAUUA